AAGCAACCCGAACCGAAAUGAGAAUGAAAACGUGCUGCUACUUGCUACUGCUAUCUGGGUGGGGGCGGCCGUCGUCCAAGGCUGCCUCCGUUUAAGCCAGGAGUCUCAUCUUUCUGAUGCUAGCUGGUAGCUAUAGCAGAAAAUAACAUCUACAUCUCCUGCUGCCGCUCCAUUCUGCCAUGGCCUCAGCGGCGCAACCGUCCUACUCUUUGAUUGGGUGUCCCAGUCUCAAUCUCGAUAAAAAAUGCCUCGGAUUUUCCCGCCAUCUCAACAACUGUCGCAAGUUCGCCUUCUUCUUCAGUAAUGUAGACCAAAGAUUACUUUGUAAGGUUCAACCCCGGCGUCUUGAACCUUCGCUAAUCACUUGCUUUGCCUCCAAUAAGCCAGAGAUCAGGUUCUCUUUUACAUGUGAAGCCUCCUUGCAAUCAUCAUUUUGUUUGUUAUUCAGUUCUACAGCCAAAAUACGAAGUGAAGUCCUCUCUCCAUUUCGGUCUGUUCGGAUGUUCUUUUAUCUUGCCUUUGUUGCAAGUGGUGCUCUUGGAGGACUGAUAGCCACCACUCAAUUAAUAGCUGCUCUUUCUAAUCCAUCAAGAGCAGCUGAAGUCCCUGAUAUUCUUAAAGGUCUUGGCAUUGACAUUGGAGCUGUAUCCGUUUUUGCUUUACUUUAUUACAGGGAGAACACCGCUAAAAAUGCUCAGUUGGCCAAACUCUCAAGAGAGGAAAGCCUCUCAAAUCUCAGAAUUCGUGUGGAUGAGAAGAGAAUUCUUCCUGUGAGUGCUUUUAGAGGGAUUGCACGUCUUGUAAUCCUUGCUGGUCCUGCAUCUUUUAUUGCAGACUCUUUCAAAAGUAGUGAACCUUUUACUGAUCGACUCGUGGAAAGGGGUGUGCUUGUAGUGCCCUUUGCUACAGAUGGGAAUUCACCAAGUUUUGAAUUUGAAGAUAGUGAGGAGCUGAAGGAGAUUAUUGCCAAAAGGAAAAGGCUCUGGCAACUGGCUCCUGUUUAUGCCACUGAAUGGUCUGAGUGGCUGGCUGAACAAAAGAAAUUAGCGGGUGUUUCCCCUGAAUCUCCUGUGUAUCUAUCUCUCCGGAUGGAUGGCCGGGUCAGGGGAAGUGGAGUUGGUUACCCUCCCUGGAAUGCAUUUGUUGCACAACUGCCUCCAGUAAAGGGAAUGUGGUCAGGCCUUCUUGAUGGCAUGGAUGGAAGAGUACUUUGAGAUAGAUAUAGUAGUAGUUCUGGAACUGACCUUAGUUCCUCUUUUGGGUCCGAUUGGAGGUGGCUUGGCAGCCUGAGGUGCGGGAGCUGCAGGUUCAGCCGGUGCAGUAGCAGCUGCGGCUGGUGCUGUCUCUUCGGAGGCGCGUAC